GGCCCGGCGGGGACGAUGAAGCGCGAUCGGCGCGGGCGGUUCCUGGCGGCCCCGGGCGGCCCCCGGGCCCCCCCCGCGCCCCGCCGGACCCCCGGCACGGCCGCCCGCGGCUCCGAGCCCGCCGAGCCCCCCGCGGCCACCGCCUGCGCACCGGAGGCAGGAAUCGGCAGAGCCCUGAGCACCGGCUACUGCCGCCUGUGCCACGGCAAGUUCUCCUCGCGGAGCCUGCGCAAUGCCUUCGGCAAGGUGCCCGUGCUGGGGGAGAGCUCGGAGAAGCAGCGCCGCGUGGACCAGGUGUUCUUCGCCGACUUCCAGCGGCUGGUGGGCGUGGCGGUGCGGCAGGACCCCGCGCUGCCCCAGUUCGUCUGCAAGAAAUGCCAUGCCCAGUUCUACAAGUGCCGCAGCGUCCUCCGCACCUUCAUCCAGAGGGUGAACGCUUCGCCCACGGGCCACGCCAAGUCCAAAGGAAAGAGCAGCGGGGUCCAGGCGCAGCUGGGUAUGGAAGGAGGUGCCUCGUGCCUGGGCCUGACUGCGCUGCCUCUCCCCCGGGCAGUUGACCUGAUCACGUCGAGCCCGCAGUGCCUGCACAGCCUGGUGCGCUGGGCGCACGCGCACGCCGGCGGCUGCGCCUCGGUGCCCGCGCUGCGCAGCGUGCUCUCCUCCGAGUACUGCGGCAUCAUCCGCGCCGUCUGGGGCUGCGGCGACGGCCACGACUACGUCAUGGACACGGACUCGGACUGCAGCUCCGCGCUGCUCGACAACGCCGCGGCCGUCAAGCGCGAGUGGAGCAAGGGCUCGGCGCAGCAGCGCUUGACUGACAACGGGGCCGGGGCGGACAGUGCCGAGGCCGUGCCUGCUCCCAAAGCCCAGCACGCUGCAGUAAGGACGGCUCCUUGCCAGCAGCCCGCCAGCAAAGGGACCGCGGCGGCGCCGCAGAGUGCGGAGAAGGAGCCGCCGCAGGACAGGGAUCCGUCUCCCUCGCGGCUGGACGGCGCCGCAUCCGUCCAGGAGCAGGCCCUGCCACAGCCCGUCUCCCCUCUGAGCACUGCCACAGGACAGUUGAGUGGGAAGCAGGUUCUGUCUGCAACGUCGGAUGAGCGGGUAAAAGACGAGUUCAGUGACCUUUCUGAGGGGGACUUCUUGAGCGACGAUGAAAGCGAGAAGAGAAACGUGCAAUCCUCAGACGACUCCUUUGAGCCUUACCCCGAGAAGAAGGUUUCUGGCAAGAAAAAUGACAGUAAAGAAGCAAAGAAGGCGGAAGAGCCCAAAAUAAGGAAGAAGCCGGGUCCUAAGCCAGGCUGGAAAAAAAAAAUCAAAUGUGAAAGGGAGGAGCUGCCCACCAUCUACAAGUGUCCUUACCAGGGCUGCACCGCUGUCUACAGAGGGGCUGAUGGCAUGAAGAAACACAUUAAAGAGCACCACGAGGAGGUGAGGGAGAGGCCCUGCCCUCACCCUGGCUGCAACAAGGUGUUCAUGAUCGACCGGUACCUGCAGCGGCACGUCAAGCUCAUCCACACAGAGGUACGGAACUAUAUCUGUGAUGAGUGUGGGCAGACCUUCAAGCAACGCAAACACCUCUCGGUCCAUCAGAUGCGGCACUCGGGAGCGAAGCCCCUGCAGUGUGAGAUCUGCGGGUUCCAGUGCCGCCAGCGCGCCUCCCUCAAGUACCACAUGACCAAACACAAAGCCGAGGCCGAGCUGGAGUUCGCCUGCGACCAGUGCGGGAAGCGCUUUGAGAAGGCCCACAACCUCAACGUGCACAUGUCCAUGGUGCACCCUCUGACCCAGACUCAGGACAAAGGCAAGGCGCUGGAGCCAGAGCCCCUCCUGCUCCUCACUCCUGCAGGGACUGCGCAGGGCCAGGCGGUGAAGCCAGAAGUGACUGCGGAGCCCGAGCCCACCUGAGGGUGUGGGAGCCAGCCCAGCCCAGCCCAGCCCCGUAGGAGCCGUUUCGGCACUGGAGAUUUUUGAUCUACGUUUUAGUCUCCCAAAGAACUCGGUGGAAUUAGCUUCAGCUUGCUCAGAAAAGGCUUGUUCUCAUGCAGUGAUUGCCAUGCUCACGUCUGAUUCAGCAGUGUUGUACUAAGAGUGUCUAAUCCCAGGGGAGGGACCUUGGCAGCACCCUCCGUGUCCCCAGCCCCACGCACACGUUGUACAAACCAAGUUGGCCACAACUGUUCCCUGCCUGCACAGAGGUGCCCCUGGGGGCUCGAGGGGGACAGAGGACAGUGGGACAACUUUAAGGAGACAUUUUGUUUUGGAAAAGAAGAAGAAAAAAAACAAACAAACCAACAACAUAAUUAUGAGUCCCAAAGCAAGUCUAAACUGAAAAUUUGUAACCUACUUUUUAUUGUAACAAGAGCUUCAUGGUUAUGCUUGUAAUAAAUUAUUUACAAAGUAAUUUGAAAAAAA